CACCACCAUUUUUGCGACGGUGGAUCGCGGGUGUGAGGAUCUCGCUGUGAAUUGUUGCAAUAUAAUUGGACUUUCCGAAGUCGGAACAGGCCAGGCACCUAAGUGACAUCAAAUUUAUUGGGUGUCUCAGUUUGCUGUGAAACCACAACAUGAGUAACACAAGAGAUGAUGAGUAUGAUUAUUUGUUCAAAGUUGUUUUAAUUGGAGAUUCAGGUGUGGGAAAGAGUAACCUGCUGUCCCGUUUCACAAGAAAUGAGUUCAACCUGGAGUCCAAGUCUACCAUUGGUGUGGAGUUUGCGACCAGAAGUAUAUCGGUGGAUGGAAAGACAAUAAAGGCUCAAAUCUGGGAUACUGCUGGUCAGGAGCGGUAUCGGGCCAUCACAUCUGCCUACUACCGAGGAGCGGUGGGCGCGCUGCUAGUGUACGACAUUGCCAAGCACCUGACGUACGAGAACGUGGAGCGCUGGCUGCGGGAGCUGCGUGACCACGCUGACCAGAACAUCGUCAUCAUGCUCGUGGGUAACAAGUCGGACCUGCGACACCUGCGCGCGGUGCCGACGGACGAGGCCAAGGCGUUCGCCGAGCGCAACACGCUCAGCUUCAUCGAGACCUCGGCGCUGGACUCGACCAACGUGGAGACGGCCUUCCAGAACAUUCUCACAGAGAUCUACCGGAUCAUGUCGCAGAAGCAGAUUCCCGACCACGGCGACGACACGGCCCGCCCCUCGUCGGCCGGGCCCAUUGUGAUCGAGCCCACCGACGACUCUGGGCCCGUCAAGAAGCAGUGCUGCUAGACCGGCGCCCGCUGCGUCCCGCCCCGCCCCCUCCACACGCGCCACGGACGGCGCCGCCGCCCCAACACACCCUCUUUUUUACAUGUAUUUAUUGGAGGCAAUUGUGAUAUAUUGCUGAGCGUUCGGCCUCACGCCGCAAAAGGGCUAAAAUUCUCCCGCUACUCCACACUGGGGACACGUGAGCGCGCGCGCGCCGCCAGGCUGCGAACUCGUCACUCUUGUUAUAUGCCCAUUCCGCCUCGAGGGGUUGCGUUUACUUGUGGUCGCAUAACCAGUCUUUUGUAUCCGCAGCGUUAGUGUCUUAUCUAAAACGGCUGCCUUGUUUAGCUGGUCACCGCGGCGUCCCGGCCGCCGGGCGGCCCAUCUGCCAAAGUUGAGUUGGGGUACCUCAGUAGAGGCGCGCCUUGUGGGCGGGCGCGGCCGGCCUCGCGGGGCGGCAGGGGGCGCGCGCGCGCCGCCGGCGGCCGCCGGACGCGCCGGCCCGGCCGCUUGUUGUGCCUUUAGUUACGCGCGGCGCCGGCGGCCGGCCAGGCCCCGGCCCCGGCCCCGGCGCCGCCACUACUACAUCGCGUCUGUCCGCCGCGCGCGCCAGCAGUAGCUGUGACAAGUUUCCGUAAACCAUGUUGAAACCUUAUUGAAAUAAAAUAGUCAUAUCGAG